UCUACAGAUUUUUCUCUUAAUCAUAAGUUUAGAAAAAAUGGACAAAUUGAGCAAACCUCAAAUUAUUAUUCAUAGAGAGAAAUCUAUUAAUUUUCAAUUAAAAGACUGUCAAUGGAUCUACAAUUCAGCGAAGUUUAUAGCAAUAGGUGGAAAACCAAAUAUGAAAGGUGUUUUAAACAUUUAUACGCUAGAUGAAGAUGAUAUACAAUGUGUACAAGAGUAUGAAAAGUCAGUUUCAAUUGAAUGUGCAACAUUUCAAUCAAGUCCUAUUGAUAGAAGACAUUUAGCUAUUGGAAAUUAUGAAGGUAGUUUAGAAAUUGUGGAUUUGGAAUAUUCUACCAAAUCAAUAUUUACAGCUAAAGCCCAUCAAGGGUUGAUAUAUUCCAUUGAUGGUAUCGGAGGUUUGGGGAUAGGAUGUGGCGCACCCGAAUUGGUUACAGGCGGAAAAGAUGGUUCAGUGAAAAUUUGGGAUCCUAGAGAAAAGUUACCAGUGGCUAAAAUGGAAUCUGCCGAAGGUACUACAAAAAGGGAUUGUUGGACUGUAGUGUUUGGUAAUGCAUAUAAUUCAGAAGAACGAAUAGUUUGUGCAGGGUAUGACAAUGGAGAUAUUAAAAUGUUGGACUUAAGAGCGAUGGCUUUACGUUGGGAAACCAAUGUAUCUAGUGGUGUUUGUAGUUUAGAAUUUGAUAGAAGAGAUAUUAAAAUGAAUAAACUUGUAGCUACAACAAUAGAGUCAUCAUUUUAUGUAUUUGAUAUCAAGGUCCAACAUCCUGUUAAAGGAUUCGGUUAUUUACAAAAUAACUCUCACAAACAUACAAUAUGGACUGUACGACAUUUACCUCAAAAACGAGAAAUAUUUGCUACGACAGGUGGAAAUGGAACAGUUUACUUAUGGAAAUAUUUAUACCCCGAUCAAAGAUGUAAAAAAGAUUCUGAUGGAGAUUUAAUUACAAAUCCUGGCAAGUUACAAUUGAUUCAAAAUCAAAUAGUAUCUACGCAACCUAUUAAUAACUUUCGAUGGUGUCCAGGUAAAUUAGGUCUUGCACUAUGUACAUCAUUUGAUCAAAAUAUUAGAAUUUUAAUCACUACUAAACUCAAUUUAUAUUGAUUAUAUUUAUUUUGAAAUAUUGAGUUAUA